AGCCACUCCCUGCCUGUGGCCCCAGGGUCCGAGGGCUCCAUGAAGGUGGAUGAACAGAUUUUUUAACAUCUCAAACAAGAAGAGCAGCAACUUGGUGGAGUGGAUCCCCAACCACAGAAGAACAGCUGGGACAUCCCACCCUGGGAGCAUGUCUGCCACCUUCAUCAGCAAUAGCACGGCCACUCAGGAGCUGUUCAAGCAUAUCUCAGAGCAGUUCACAGCCAAGCUCUGGUGCAAGCCUUCCCUGCACUGGUAUACAGGCAAGGGCAUGGACGAGAUGGACUUCACCAAGGCUGAGAGCAACAAAAAUGACCUGGUGUCUGACUACCAGCAGGACCAGGACACCACAACCAAGGAGGAGGGUGAGUCUGAGCAGGAGGCAGAGGAAGAGGUGGCCUAG